AAUGUGGGAUGAUCACAACCUUGCAGGAUGGUUCUAGGGAGAAAUCAUUGGUGCACCUCAUAGAUGUUUCUAGGGAGUUUGUCGGCGACAAUGGCAAGAUAGUGGGAUGAAAGUCGGAGUGGAAUGAUCAAGGGUUUGGUCGAGUUUACGAAGAAAGGGUUUCUCCAUCGAGCAGGUAGCGAGGAUCACUACAGAGAAUCUGAUUUCAGCGGGAAGUAGUUUAUACAUUGGAUUUGUUCAAGCGGGAUGGUGUAGUUCCCAUAUGUAUAUGGCUAUUUAAGGCAACAUUGGAUUUGUUCACAUGAUCAAUUACUUGCCACGUGACGCUCCUCCCCUGCCUCGCUAUAAGAUCUGUGGCGCACCCCGCGCUACAGAGGAUCCGGAUCCAACACCCUCACCUCACUUUUAAAUUUUUUUGGGUUCCACCCUUUCUUUCACCAAUUUACCCUUUUAAUGUGAUUUAUUUUCCGUUUAGCCUAAUUUUUCGUUUCAAACUUUCAUCCCUACAACGAUUCCUCUCAUCUUCCCCAACGCAGCACCUGCAAGUCUUAUCAAUCGAAGAAAGAAUUUGAAUGAGCAGAAGAACUGGAGAAGACCUUGAGCAAUCGAUAAAUAAGCAGGGAACCUGUCUUCACUCACAGCUGAAGAUCCGAAAAUGGUUUCUGCACUAAUUAAUGCUAAUCCAGUGGUCUAUGGAAUAAAAGAGCGUCGGGUUCGAAGUGCACCAUCUGAUGUUGAUGAAUAUGCCAUUGAACCUAUCAACCAAGAAGAAAUUUUUGAUCAUAUUAGAGAUAUUAAAGAUCCUGAACAUCCGUAUUCUUUGGAAGAACUAAAAGUAGUUACUGAUGAUGCAAUUGAAGUGGAUGACAAGCAUAACUAUGUAAGAGUGACAUUCACUCCAACGGUUGAACAUUGCAGUAUGGCUAUUGGCUACAGUUAUAGGCCUUUGUUUACGGGUGCAACUUAUUCAGAGUCUACCUUCUCGUUACAAGUUGUACCAUUAAAUACGCAGUUGAAUGAUAAAGAACGGGUGGCAGCAGCACUAGAAAACCCUAGCCUCUUGAGCAUGGUUGAUGAUUGUCUAGCUCGUACUUAUGCUUGACCAAACAGCAUCCAGGAAUGGUGUCCUGUUUCAAUACGACACAAGCAAUAACAUUUUUAAAAAAAUUAUUCGAAAUUUAUGUACAAAAUGCAGCCAGAAAAUGGAUUUGGCUCGUCUAUAGCGCGGGGGUGCGCUACAAGACGUAUAGCGCGGGCUGUAAUGAUGACAUGUGGCGUUGAGUGAUCGAUAGGAGGAGAAGGAUGAAGCCCUAGGGAUGCCAUUGGAGGAACGAAACACCUGAUCUUCAAACUCUAAAAGGAAAAAUAAGAUGGAUUAAGGCUGCUCCAGCUAUAAAGCUUUUGGCUCUACCACCAUCACUGCUGAGAAUUCUGUUAUCUUAUCUUCACAAAGCAAUAGCCGUUUCUGUUCUAGUCUCAAGAAGUGACUGAGAUCCAUUUCUAUUUGUACGAAAUUUACAGGAAAUUCUUAUAAGAUUGGGAAGAAUUUGUUGAGGAGGGUUUUCGAAUUACUAUCAAAAUCCAGACGAUCUACCAAAAAAAAAAAUCCAACUGAGAUUAAAAACCAUGUAUGAACAAGUUGUACACAAUAGAUCUAAUUUUCAAUUUCAUUGAAGCUGUUUCUUCUUUGUCA